AUGGCGAGCAAGUUUAGCAUGGUUGGGGGCUCCGGGCUCUUCGGCGCCGAGGACCACCUCGAGGCGCAGGACCGCAUGGGCGCUGCCAUGGAGCAGCUCAAGGUGCGCGAGGAGCAUGAGAAGCAGCAGCGCCAGGUGGCCAAGGUCGCCGAGCAGCAGCAGCUGCUCUCGAACCUCGACGCCCAAGAGACGCAAUUCAUCCGCGAGACUGUCAAGCCCGAGCACUACGAGAACGACAGCCAGCAUGCCCAGAAGACGAGCGCCGAAGAGGAUGACGACGACUUUGAAGAUGACUUUGAAGAUGAUCCCGACUUUCUGCGACUUCGCGAGCUCCGCAUGAAGCAGCUGCAGGAGCAAUACCGUGUCAAGCAAGAAAACCUCGCCAAGGGCCAUGGCGACUACCGCGAGAUCGUCCAGGACGAAUUCCUCAAAGAAGUCACGUCAAGCCCGCGCGUCGUUGUCCAUUUCUACCACCGCGACUUUGAACGCUGCAAGGUCAUCGACAUGCACAUGGCCAAGAUCGCCAAGCGCCACAUUGAGUGCAAAUUUCUCAAGCUGAACGCGGAGAAGGCGCCGUUCUUCGUGACAAAGCUCGUCGUGCGCGUGCUUCCGACGGUCAUUUACUUUAAGGAUGGUAUUGCGUCGGACGACCGCGUCGUGGGCUUUGAGGGGCUCGCGGACGGCCUCCGCGCCGGCAAGGAAGACGAGUUCCCGACCGUCAACCUGGCGCGUCGCUUGGCCAAGAUUGGCGCGAUCGACGUCGCUGACGACGAGGUCGAGCCGACCAGCUCGGCGACGAAGUCGAGCAUUCAAGUCGCAUAUCACUCGGGCUACGACUCGGACGAGUAG